AGAGAAGUGGGUGGGGGCAAAGAAGACCCGAUAAAAAAACGGGUCCUGAGCUCUGAACCAUAACUACUCUUACAUUACACACUGCACUUGCCACUUUGCUCAACGACCACCAUUUCAACGGUGAGGCGCAGCCGCAGUCCUCUCCGGCAUAUCCUCUAUUCGUCUUUCUCGAACCUGCAAAACACAAUUCAUUGCUGUUUUCUCUACUUAGCCUGCCUCCAGUGAGGCACCGGAUUCUGGAGGAUAAGAGCUUAUCAAGAUAGGAGCUUCCUCAUAAAAUCUGUUUCUGUCUACUGUCAAGUGCUUCAAAUAUCGCUGGUUAAGAUUCUAAAGCACAUGGCAAUGGCGAUCUCUUCUGUUCAUGCCACAUUAUUUGCUAGGGCCUCUUUCUUUUGCCAAAGUAAUGGCCUAAGAAGCUUUAGAUCGUGUUUACCUUUCUCAUCUUCAGCUGCUUCCGUUUCCACUCACAAUCAUUCACAGAAGAAAUGGAGGCAGCCAGUGUUGUCAGUGUUGGAUGUCGGUGGAGUCAAGAUAAGCAGAGAAGAUGUGGUGAGGGAUGAUCCUACAAAUAAUGUGCCAGACAAUAUAUUUUCAAAACUUGGAGUGCAGCUUCACAGGAGGGAUGAACACCCUCUAGGGAUAUUGAAGAAUGCAAUAUAUGAGUAUUUUGACACAAAUUAUUCAAAUAAGUUUGAAAAGUUUGAUGAUCUUUGCCCUAUUGUUUCAGUGAAGGAGAAUUUUGAUGAUGUUUUGGUUCCUGAAGACCAUGUAAGUAGGAGCUAUAAUGACACUUACUAUGUAGACCCUCAGACUGUUUUAAGAUGCCACACAAGUGCUCAUCAGGCAAAAUUAUUGAGAAGUGGUCACACUCAUUUCCUUGUUACAGGAGAUGUUUAUCGUAGGGAUUCAAUUGAUUCAACUCAUUAUCCUGUGUUCCAUCAAAUGGAAGGCUUUCGGGUUUUUUCUCCAGAAGAUUGGGAGGCAUCAGGAAUGGAUGCCACAUUAUUUGCAGCAACAGACUUAAAGAAAUGCCUUGAGGGCCUAGCAAGUCAUUUAUUUGGUGCUGUGGAAAUGCGCUGGGUGGAUACUUAUUUCCCAUUUACUAAUCCAUCGUUUGAACUUGAAAUAUAUUUCAAGGAAAACUGGUUGGAAGUUUUGGGUUGUGGAGUGACAGAACAAGAGAUUCUGAAAAGAAAUGGGAAACCUAAUAAUGUUGCUUGGGCUUUCGGCCUAGGGUUGGAGAGAUUGGCUAUGGUUCUGUUUGACAUACCUGAUAUUCGUCUGUUUUGGUCAAAUGAUGAACGAUUUACUUCCCAGUUUUCCAAGGGUCAAUUGGGAGUCAAAUUUAAGCCAUUUUCAAAGUAUCCUCCUUGUUACAAGGACAUGAGUUUCUGGAUCAGUGAAUCAUUUACCGAAAACAAUCUGUGUGAAGUGGUCAGAGGGAUAGCAGGGGAUCUCGUAGAGGAGGUGCAAUUAAUAGACAAUUUUACCAACAAGAAAGGAAUGACCAGCCACUGUUAUAGGAUUGCAUAUAGGUCUAUGGAACGUUCUCUUACUGACGAGGAAAUUAACAAUCUGCAGUGGAAAGUAAGAGAACAAGUGCAGAACAAAUUGAAUGUUGUCUUAAGAUGAGCAUCAAAAUGCUCAGAGUUUACAACUUAGCUGUGUUUGAUCUCAAUUUUUGAUGAUGUAUAGAUGUUUUACGUCCGUUUACAGCAACUGAGACAGAUGUAUUAUUUAAUUUAUGCAGUGAAUAUACACUACAUUACGAGCCAUAGCCAACCCUUCAGGAAUCUGUAUUCUCUAUUUUCCGUAUCUAUUUUCCUCAAGAAAUCUGUUUGUAUGUUUCUUAACAGAGCACUUUACUUACGAUCUUCCGGGAAAAAUUAAUGUAUUCCCGUUGCCGAA